CAUGGGUAAAUGAUAGAGUGGGACUUACGAGCUCUCUUUCGUUCUUGUGUCAACUGUUCUUUAAUGGCAACUGGAAGUUUGUGAAAUUUGAACAAGAGUUAUUAAAUACUCCAGAUAUUGGGGUCCAGGGGUUGCUGGUUUAUCUGGUUAGCAUAUAACAGGAGCUUUUUCAGAAAAGCAAUUCAGAGGCUUAAAAAAUACAGCAGUCUUAUAACUGGUUGUUCUAUGCUUUCUUUUUGUGAAAUUUUGUCAGUGUAUUUAGAUGGCCGUUCCCUCGCUGGAACCAAAUCGUGAAGGCCAAACUGACAGAUAUCCUUUGCUAAUGGAACACCCUGAUAACCAUAAUGACCGUGAGCAUGUUAUUGACAUUGUGAGAGGUGAUGAUGCUUCCUCAUCAGGCUCAUCUCAUGGUGAUCCUUCUCCUGGUAUGGACCUGCCUCAGCAUGAUGACAGACCUUCAAGUAGCACUCAAGCACCCACUUCUCAAUCUACCUCAUCUUCCACAAAUGGAUCAAACACCAGGAAUGCCUCAUUCAUUAGGAGAGGUGAUGGAUAUGGCCGUCGCCGUAGGAGCCCCUUGAAUUCUGGAUUGUGGAUUUCGAUUGAGCUAGUUGUAACCGUGAGCCAGAUUAUUGCGUCUAUUGUUGUUUUGUCUUUGUCAAGACACGAAAACCCCCAAGCCCCUUUGUUUGCAUGGGUUGUAGGUUAUGCAUCUGGAUGUGUUGCAACUCUUCCUCUUCUUUAUUGGCGUUAUCGCCAUCGCAACAGUCAGGGGGUUGAGCAUGAUUCAACACAACAUAAUGGUUCUUCUCAAAGUAACUCUACUCCAGAACCUGCUUCUUACACAGCAAUCUCUGUUUCUCGUGCCUCAGAAGAUGAAGAUCGCCAUUCAACAGUUUCAGCUGCCUGGAAUGGUCAAAAUGUGGGAACACCAAGUGCAAGGUUUAAUGUGCUAGUUGACCACUUCAAAAUGGCAUUGGACUGCUUCUUUGCGGUGUGGUUUGUUGUUGGCAAUGUCUGGAUAUUUGGUGGACACUCCUCUUCUUCUGAUGCUCCCAACUUGUACAGGUUAUGUAUAGUGUUCCUUACCUUCAGCUGCAUUGGAUAUGCCAUGCCUUUCAUUCUCUGUGCAACAAUCUGCUGCUGCUUGCCUUGUAUAAUUUCCAUCCUGGGCUUCAGGGAGGAUCUCACUCAAACUAGAGGAGCUACCCCUGAAUCCAUCAAUGCCCUUCCAACCUACAAGUUUAAGUUGAAAAAUGAAAAUGGAGAUGGGAGAGAAACUAUCAGCUCAGAAGGAGCAGGAGAAGGUGGGGUCUUGGCAGCAGGAACAGAAAAGGAGCGUGUGAUCUCAGGAGAAGAUGCGGUUUGCUGCAUUUGCUUGGCAAGAUAUGCAGACAAUGAGGAGCUAAGGGAGUUGCCCUGCUCCCAUUUCUUUCACAUGGAGUGUGUGGAUAAAUGGUUGAAGAUCAAUGCGCUGUGUCCCCUUUGCAAGUGUGAGGUUGGGGAGGGCAGUGGAGGUUUGCCUUUGCCUGCCAGCCAUCGCCUGGGUGAGAGAAGGUUGGGUAAUAGGUUGGCUGAUUGAGAAGCGUAUGGGGGCAAUAUGUUAUAAUCGUGAAAUCUGGACUCCAUUGGUAAGCACAUAUGUAUUGAAUGGUUUUUCUAGCCUGAAAUGCUUAUAUUAUUGGAGGAUUAGUUCUGAGUCCAUCUCAUGUCAUUGAAAUUCUCUUUGUUGAUACGAAAGAAAUGUUGUAGCUUAGCAGAGAUCCAAUCAAUGUAUUUAAUGGCUUCAGUGGCUCCACUGCGCAGUUCAAUUGCAAACUUGCGAUGUUGGACGAGUUGUGCAGGCUCGAUUCUUAGAAGUAGGCAAUUAAAACAAUAUUCAAAUUACUAGGGGCCUUCACAAAAAUAAAUGCCCCAAGCCUUUGAACAAAAUUGGCCGUUUUUUU